UUUUCUGUAUUUAUACUCCUCAAUUUUUCCCUCCUCUCUCCCCAAAACUGUCGCUUUUGCUUUUGCUCCGAUUGAAUUUGAAGAAGGUAUGGAAAAUGUGGUUGAUGUUCUGAUUGUGGGAGCCGGAAUCAGUGGUCUCACUACUGCUUUGGGACUUCACAGAUUGGGUAUCCAAAGCUUAGUUUUGGAGUCGUCGGAGGAGUUGAGGAUCACUGGAUUUGCUUUGUCGUUAUGGACGAAUGGUUGGAAGGCAUUGGAUGCUGUUGGAAUUGGUGAUUCGCUUCGGCAAAUCCACGAUGAACUUGAUGGGAUUAUAACUACGUCAAUGAUUUCAGGGGAUAAAACAUCAGAGCUGUCGUUUCCGGCCCCAGAAGAAGGUGGAGUUCGCUGUGUCAGAAGAAAGUUUUUGCUUGAAUAUUUGGCCAAGGAACUUCCAAGUGGAACCAUCAAAUUCUCCUCCAAGGUGGUUUCCAUAGAGGAGUCUGGUUUGCUUAAACUUGUGCAUCUUGCUGAUGGAACCUUAAUCAAGACCAAGGUGUUAAUAGGAUGUGAUGGAGUGAACUCAGUUGUGGCAAAAUGGCUAGGCUUCAAGGCACCAGCCUUCACAGGGAGAUGUGCUGUAAGAGGUUGUUUACAACUCAAGUCCAACCAUAAUUUCGAACCAAAGAUGAGCCAAUUUGUCGGUGAGGGAGUUCGAGCUGGUAUCAUCCCUUGCGAUGAUAAAACUCUUUAUUGGUUUUUCACUUGGACCCCCUCAGCUGAAGAGAAGGAAAUGGAAGAGAAUCCAGGAAAACUGAAGCAACUUGUAUUAAGCAAGCUUGGAGAGAUGCCUGAUGCAGCAAGGGCAGUGAUAGAAGAAACUGAGAUAAGUUGUUUUCAACCAGCAGCAUUGAGAUACAGACCUCCAUGGGAGUUCAUGUGGGGCAACAUUGUGAAAGGCAAUGUGUGUGUGGCUGGUGAUGCACUUCACCCAAUGACCCCAGACUUAGGGCAAGGUGGGUGUGCUGCUUUGGAAGAUGGGGUGGUUUUAGCCAGAUGUAUUGCUGAAGCCCUGCUGAAGAAACCAAGCAGCCAGGAUGAGAAGGCGGAAAGAGAGCAGCAUGAGCAGCUCGAGACGGGGCUGAGGAAGUACGCCGCAGAGAGGAAAUGGAGGAGUAUCGAGCUGAUUGGCACAGCUUAUAUGGUGGGAAGGAUGCAACAGAGCAGUGGGGUGUUUGCAAAGUUUAUGAGGGAUAAGAUUUUGUCUCAGUUUCUGGUUGGACUCUUACUAAGAAAUGCAAAAUUUGACUGUGGGAAGCUGACCCCUUCUUUGUAGUUAACCACUCUCAUUGUCUCUUGAGAGUAGUUUUUCUUUUCUUUUCGUUUGGGUAAAAUUUUAGUGUCUUGAUAAGUUAGAAUAAUUGCAGGUGCUGAAGUUUGCUAGUGUGCAAAUAUGUAGAGAGGGCAACCCUCAUUGAACCUCUUUCUUGUGAAAUAGUAGCCUUUUGGAAAGUUUAAAUAAAAACAAUGGCAGGUGCAGCUGUUGCUUGUGUAAAA